UCACUGCAGUCUCCCCUCUAGCUGGUCUCUCUCUGCUCUGGGUGUCUGAUGUUGCUCUGGGUCAUCGCAGGAACCGACCAGCCCUUUGCUCCUUCCUCUGCUCCCCAGAGCUGCGGCUGCCCAGGGGUCACCAUGAGGCGUCUCGUCUGGCUACUGUUCCUACCUGGCUUCCUCUGUCAAUGUGACCCACCUGUCGAGGUCCCUGAGUCCCUGAUCGCUUGGACGGGGGCCUGUCUGUCCAUCUCGUGCCUCUAUCGAUCCUGUGUCCUGAACCCCAUAAGGACAAAGAAAUUGACCAUCAACUCCCUGACCUGGUACCUGAACCCUGUGUAUGACUCUGAGAAGAAAGAUUUCAAUGGCACCAUCCUGUAUAAACACAGCGCCUCCAUCAGCCCGGCCGUCACAGAGCGUGUGAGGUUCCUGGGGGACCUGGAGAGAGACUGCAGCCUGCAGCUGUCUGACCUGUGGGCCAGCGAGAACGGCACAUAUGGGCUGAGAUUGAUCGUCUCGAGCACCGGGCAGAAACCGGAGGAGAAGAAGUGGAUGACUAAGAUCAAUGUGAACGUGAUGGAUUCGCCUCCAGCUCCUCAAAUCCAAGCACCCAGCGAGCUCAGGGAGUCAAUCACAGCCCAGGCAGUUUGCUCCGUAGCCUAUCACUGCCCCAACUACCCCAUAACCCUGACGUGGCCGAACACCGAGACACACCCCGAUCUCGAUUCUUUUCCAGACGCCCCCAAGGAGGUACAAAUCACCCUUGAAAACCCCCAGCACAUCCAGGAAGGCGACGCGGUGACGCUGAACUGCUCCGUGAGCAGCAGUAACCCCCCGGUGACCAAGUACAUGUGGUACAAGGAUAACAGCCAGUAUCAGGAGACCCAAGAGAGCGUCCUGACCUUCCCCGCCACAAAGGAGCGGUCCGGUAGCUACAGCUGUGUGGCUCAGAACGCGAUCAGCUAUAGACAGUCUUCAUCUGUCUCAGUGGAUGUGCAGUACGCGCCCCAGCACGUCGCCGUGGUGCGGCAGCCGUCGGGGUCCAUCAAGGAGGGCGAGGCCGUGACCCUGGAGUGCUCCGUGGGCAGCGCCAACCCCUCUGCCCUGCACUACACCUGGUACAAGGACGAGGCGCGGCAGGGUGAGAACUCCAACAGGCUGAAGCUGGCGGCCGUGGUGUCGGCUGAUUCGGGCCAGUACCGGUGUGAGGCUAAGAAUGACGUGGGCACCACCCAUGCCGAGCCCAUCCCGCUGGACGUCUGGUAUGCCCCCCGGGAUGUACAGCUAUCCGUGACCCCACAGGGGCAGAUUGUGGAGGGGAUGGAGGUGACGCUGCGGUGCUGGGCCGAUGCCCUCCCGCCCGUGCUGGGCUACGACUGGUACCGGGACGGCCAACUCCAGGAGCGGCAGACCCAGGACACGUUGAGCAUCUUGGCUGUGAAGGUCGGGGCGUCCGGGCACUACCACUGUCGGGCCAGAAACCAGAUCUCCUACGGGGACUCCUCGCCCAUCCGCCUCACCGUCUACUUCAGCUCCAUGACUAUAGCCAAGAACUCGGCUCUAGGGGUCGGCGUGGUCAUAGUGUUUAUCCCCCUGCUGGUGGCGCUGGUCUUUGCCCUUAGGCGAUGGAGGAAGCGGCGUCUUCCCGAGCUGGUUGUGGAGCCUCUGGGCAGGCGAAGGAGAUCGUUCUUUCCUAGGAGACGGGAACCUUUGAAAGUCCAGCGGCCCGCCAGCUCGGUGGGGUGCCUGAAUGGAGUAUCCGGAGAUGCUGUCAAUUAUGCUACACUCCAGUUCCCACCCAGCCACCCCCCGGGGCUGACUGCCCCUGCCAGGGUGCCAGGAAACUCGAGACAGCGAGUGAAGCCAGGGGGCGUGGAUGAAACUGUUAUUUACAGUGUGGUGAAGAAACCCAACCUGCCACCCAAGGGCGAAGCGAAGGGCGACUACGAGAAUGUGGGGGCCCAGCUGGAGGAGGAGGAGGAGCUAAACUACUGCACCCUGGUGCUGCCCCCGCGCACCCGGGCCCCACAUGGCCACUGGGAGUGUGAGUCAGACUCGGAGUCGGAGGCGAGCGUGCAGUACGCGGCCCUGAGGCACUGAGCCCUCCCCGGAUGGGGCCGGCUCCCCGCUGGCCAUGGAGUCCAGCCACGGACCCACGGAGCCCGGCCACAGACCCACGGACCCCUGGAGCCCGGCCACGGACACACGUAGCCUGGCCAUGGACUCACGUAGCCUGGCCAGGGAUCCACGGAGCCCAGCCACAGACCCACGGAGCCCGGCCACAGACCCACGGACCCCUGGAGCCUGGCCACGGACACACGUAGCCCGGCCAUGGACUCACAUAGCCCAGCCAUGGACCCACGGAGCCUGGCCAGGGAUCCACGGAGCCUGGCCAUGGACCCACAGAGCCUGGCCACGGACCCACAGGGCUGGGCCAUGGACCCACAGAGCCUGGCCCCGAGCCACUCUGGACUCUCAGCCCCAGCUGAGCUCUGGACGCUGGGCCCCACCUAGAGACCCAGACCCUGUGGGGCGUGCGGGAGGGUCAGUGGCGCUAGCGCUGGAUCUGGACGGGGGAGCAGAGCGGGGGCAGGGCGGGCAGAGUCUCUGCAGCUAGAGCUAAACACAGGAGAUGUGAUGCAGAGGCAAGGGAUGGGGUGUUCCAGCCAGCAGGGGGCAGCAGGGACACACACACACACAGGGCAAGGGAUGGGGUGUUCCAGCCAGCAGGGGGCAGCAGGGACACACACACACACACACACACACACACAGA